UACAGGGUGCGGAGCCUGAUUGAUUCGAUGAGAAAAUCUAGAGUAGCGAGGAAAAUUUUUUGGUUCGUUUGGAAAGCUUUUGGCCGUUUUGCUGAAAUAUAACCAAUAUAUUCUUUUUAAUUAUAUCUGCGAAUGCGAACUGAACCACAGACUGUCGAAGGAUUUCCCCGCUUCCAAAGAUGCAGCAUAUUUCCCUUGGAGUGCUGUCUACGUCCUCCCGAAGCAGGUUUCUGAAUCUUCAGUACCAGAACCUUCGUCAUACAUACAGCAUAGGCCUUCUCAUAUUUCAACAAGGAUCCCAUCUGCCCCUGCCUGAGGUUGGGAAAGAGCUGAAAAUCUGCACCCACAGCCUCCACAGCCUCCAAACGGAUAUACCAAACAUUCACCAUCCCAGUGCAUCAACCAGGGCCUAGGUGUAAUCCUUCUGACUCCUCAUUGGCUGCUGGAAUAAGUCCUAGGUCCAUCUAGGUUUUGCUGGCACCUAGGAAUACCAGCUGGAUAGCCCUCUAAAGGCAUUACUUAUGCCUGAGUUUCUACAUCAAAUGAAUCUGUGGCAUCUGUAAUACUGGAGACCCCAUUCCGAUUUUCAUUUAUUACAAUUGAAGGUAAAUUUUACCAUUGAGCAUUGACAUAUUUCUUCAAGAAACCUUAAAAAACCAUAGAACGGAGCCUGAAAUUGAACAUGACUCAUGGGGAAGAGCCUGGCUCUGAGACGCACCAGGAUUCUGUUGUUUUAACUUAUCUGGAAGGUUUACUAAUGCAUCCAGUGGCAGGGGGGCCAGGGGCCACAGCAACAAGGAGAUCUGAGGCAGAACAUAGCAACCGAGAACAGGGCAACAAGGAUGUAAGGGCUUACCAGCAGCAAAAUCAUGGCACUAAACAGGAGAGCAGGCGUUUACUUCCCAGUGGAGCCACACAGCACCUUAGAAAGGCCAGGCUGCUUCACUCCGAAGCCUGGAAUGAGCCCGAGAGCCAGAGGGGACCGGCACCUGCAGGGAAUCUCAAUGGCCAAAGUAGCGAUCACCACACUGAAGCCCUAGAUGGCUCACCUCAGGGCGAAAGCACCAUGCUAGCAUCCCUGCUCCAGUCAUUCAGCUCACGACUGCAGAGUGUGGCGAUGUCAAAGCAGAUCACGCAGAACGUGAAGGAGCAGGAUGCCCAGGUCAAAGAGAGCCCCCUGGCUAACAAGGAGGCCCUCCAAUGCUAUGAGACUGCUUCCAGUCGCCUAAAGGGCUUGAUGAAGAAAAGCAAGCUGCAGAACCAUAACAGUGUGCCUCACCAUCGGCAGCCCAGCCAAGAGAGGCUCUCCGAGUCCUCCCAUGCAACGCAGACCACCGGCGAACCAGCUGCCUCUGACUCUUGUGCAGCACGGCUAAAAGCUGUUGCCAAUCUGGUAAAGAUCAGGUCCAGCCCAACUCCCUCCCCAAAGCCCAGUGUGGCUUGCAGUCAACUGGCCCUGUUGCUCUCUAGUGAAGCUCAUCUGCAGCAGUAUUCUCGAGAGCAGGCCUUAAAAGCACAAUUAUCUGCCCGAUCUGCCAGCGAGAGGCUGGCAGCUAUUGCCACACAGAAAACACAGGAUAAGAACCUGCCCAACAUAGGCCAGCCUCAGAUGGCCCCAGACAUGUUAAGCUCCUUAAAUGCACAAAAGGGAACACUCCUGCCACCUGCAUUAGACUCCAGUAAACAAAGCCCGACCCCCAUUCCAGGACAGAGCAGGGCAGUCAGCUCCCCACGGAGUCCACAUCCUUUCAGGGAAAAACGGCCAUUUGACAAACAUAACAGGCCCUCUCAGAACUGCAGCAGCUUGCUCUUGCUCCUUCUGAACAACCACAAUCCACAGAAGCCAAUCAACGGCAGUGGUCACCUGGAUGAAGACUACAGUGUGUUCCCCAGCCAUGGAUCACCCCUGCUGUCUGACAGUGAAUACUCCAACCAUGAGAACAGCCUCAACAAAGACAGCAGCGAUGCUGAGAGCUCUUACUCAAGCUGCUCUCCAAUUGAUCUCUCUGUGAAGAGCCGAAUCCGUGGCUCGGUGCCAAUGUCCUCCACUUCGUCUCUGGACAAACUUACAGAGUCUCUGAUAAACAAGUGGAAGCCGGAGACUCCAGGGUUGCAGCUGAUUGAGUCCAGAGAGCUCAAGAACAGCCCAGACAUAAAAUCCCAUCAUGAGGUCACCCUCAUGCAGUUGCUUCUGGAUCACAAAAAUAAUGAGAAGGUAAACCAAACUGCAGAUAAUCCAGAUUUACGGCAUGACAUAACCACUAAACCUAAUAGCGCACCUGCAGGUCGACUGACCCCAACUGCUGUGUGUAAGGAAACUAGGAUGCAGAGUCCUUCAGUUGGGCUGACUACUCAUCUUCCCUUGCCUUCAUUGUCCCAUGGACAGGACAUAAAUGGUACUGCAUCUCCAUACAGUUUGUAUGCCUCUGCUCAUGUCCAGUCUAGCCCACUGGAUCUGUGCAAAUCAAAGUCCUGCUCAGGUGAAAAUGUUCAAGAGCCUGCGUUUAGCGCCAGUAAACUACUACAGAACCUAGCGCAAUGUGGAUUACAAAACACAUCUCCUUCCCCUCCACCAAAAGCCCUAAUUUCCCCAAGCAAAAGGCAUAGCCUUGAACUUCAGGAAAAGCCCAUGACAUUGCUGGAAAGACUCACUGCUCCAAUCCAACGCAACAGAACCCCAGUUUUAGAGGGAUCCCAUGUCAGCUGUGUUCCAUUUGUGUCUGAGUCACCACCUCUCGCAUCUGAGAUUGAGAAUCUUCUGGAGAGACGCACAGUACUGCAGCUUCUUUUGGGGACUGCCAGUCAUAAAGACAAACCCAGUGCCAAGCAGAAUGGAAAAGCAGCUAAGGGCUCUUUAGAAAAGCAGGCUGACAAAUUGCUAGUCUGUGAUACUCCCAGUGGACCUUUGUUGGACCUUAAGAUCAAGACUGAACCCAGAGAGGAAGGUCAUCUGUCCAACAGUUAUGAAGAGGCAGAACAAUGUCAAAUUGAGCACAGGGAACAUGUAAGACUCAGACCUAUGUCUCUUCCCUUGAGAGAUGUAAAAGCAGAGCCCUCUUCUACAGAAGGUGUCCCAAAAGAUGGUCUCCUCAGCCAGCUUUUAAAGCACCGGCCAAGGAACUUCCAAGCUGACACACUGAUGGAUUUACAUGUCAGUAACAUGAAGGAAGAGCGAGGGGAGUACCAGGGUCCAUCUGUUCCAAAAAAGAGGAAGCUCUGUGUGGGACUGGAGGAUCACUUGAUCAGUGACCCUUUUCUGCGAACAGUGGACAGACCUACUCAUCAGGAUGCCACUGACAGUUUUUCCAUCCCCGGGACACCUGAGCAAAGAAAGCCAAUGAGCCCUCCAGAGGCCCAUGCUCCUAUCAGGCAUCCCCAGAGCACAUCCCCUCCGCAAGAUGGGCGGGGGUUCAAUGUUCUGAAGCAGCUCCUCCUAUCUGACAACUGCCUCAAGGACCUCUCCCAUCCAAGAACCUCCACCAGUCCUUCCACCAUACAGGCUAAAUACCAAGCAAAUGGGAAUGCCACAAAGAAGUCAGACUACAAUCCUGAGCUCAUGAACUCUCAGUGGAACCCUGGUGCCCUAGGAGUGGUUCCUGCCCAAUUCAGAACAGUGACCACAGCCCUGGCAAGCACCAGCAUGACAGGGUCAUCCUGGGGUUCCCAUGUAGCAUGUCAGGAGUCUCCAAAACUGAAUCUGAUCCCUGUCAAAAGAGAGACUGAGGGGCCCAUCCAGUGGCUGAUCAGUGGUGCAGAGAAACAGGACUCCUACCCUGACUCUCCACGCCUGACUAAGUCCAACCCCAUCUUAUACUACAUGCUCCAGAAAGGUUAUUCUCACAUGCGAAAAGAGGCCAGAGAGCAGGGUGACACAGAGCUCUGUGGGAUAAAGGUGAAAGAGGAGUCUGUGGGUGACAGGGGGGAUGUUGACCACAGAUUGAGCUGGAAACAUCACUCCCCAUUGCAGAACAAGUCACAUGGCCGUGAUGGCGAGCAAGUAAAUGGGUCUCUGGAAAAAUUAUAGUUUUGUUAAAUAUGAAGACAAGGGAACGCCUUUUCCAGACUGUUUCAUUCUUUGCAGUUUGUGUAUGUUUUAUGAAGUUUACUGAUUUUAUUACUUUGUGUUUUGUUUUCAAAGAAGUAACUAGUUCAGGCAUGGAGAUAAUGAAAUAAUGAUGACUUGGACAUUGGGAACCCAAAGUGUAUUUUGUAUUAAAAAAAAUGGUUUACUUUUGUACGUAAUCUGUUAGUAUUUGUCUGGCUUAUGUCUUAUCUUUAAAGGUUAAGUUUGUCUGAACUGAAACUGUAUGAAAUCUUAAUGCCUUUGAGGAUUUAAAAAAUAUAUAUUUCCCCAGAUUUGGUCAGGAUCACCUAAACUUUACACUUCCACAUGUUACUUCAACUGCGUCAUGCUGCCACAUCAAGUAAAUCAUUCCAGUAAUGUUUCAAUAUAGGUAGAUGUCUCCUUGCUUUUCAAAUUGUGUCUAAUACAGUUAUUGGAAGAGGUUCAGACCAAAUACAUAAAUACAUAUACCAUAAAGGCAGUUGUGAAGUCAUUUUACUUUGUAUUUCAUGUUUUCACAUUUACAGUCUGAGAGACAUAUUCAGUAGUAGUUCAAAACCAUUUCAAACUCAUACAGGUCAGGCAAUGGGAGGGACAGCAAAUCAUUAAUACCACAUCCAUAUGAGAGACUCAUGUAUAUACUAUGCAUAGCAGAAUCACUGUGAUAAGGCCAACAUUUCAAGCCAUUUAACCCUGACAAUAUAUGGAUGUAGUCUGCAUCUGUUUUUUCAAUACUUCAAUAAUGUCCACUGCCCAGAAAGAUCAUGCAUGGACCAUUGAUUUCUCCUCACUGUCAUUGAAACCAGUGAACAGCAUGUAGCCCUGGAAUGGACAGUAUAGAGGGGCUGCUUUGUAUGCAGACUUUCAAUGUCAUCAACGUGUCCAGUCAGAAUUCAAAUGUUUCUACUUACCAGAGUCACAAAACAUCUCACAAAGAGCAUAACAGGAGGUGAAGUCCAGAGCUUGAGCUUUUGAAGUGAAUUUGAAAAGCUCCAGGUACCACUUUCCAUAAGUUGUAGAGUUUCAGUCUAUUUGAAACCACCCCAUGAGUCAGUCUGUUGCAAAAUGAAUGAUAAAUAUAAGACCUGCGAAGCCCAGCAUUCAAUGAAUGGACUGCUCAUUCUUGACUUCGACAAGGUCAGAGAUACAAUCAGUGUCAAUGGCAAUCAAGGGACAGAGUUGACCAUUUAUUAAUAUUCAGCAAUGUUUGAAUUAAGCAUUAUUAAAUAUUGGUUUAACAGUCCUCUUGCACACAGCACAAACAUUUAAUUUAGUUUAUAAAUAACCUCUUGGUGUUGUAAGGUGUUUUAAUGGCAUGUCAUGAGAUAUCUUGUAUAUCAGUGUUGUGACCUUUUGCUUUAGAAAUGCAUUUAAAUUAUUAUUUUGUUGGCUGUAUUGUGAAGAAUUGUUUUCCAAACACACAGUGACAUUUCCACAUGGCCCAGGUUAUAAAAUGGCAUUCAAGACAAUGUAGAAUAGAUACCAUGGGUAACGGGCUUGUAGGAUUAAAACCUAGAGAGCUCAUUCACCAUCUAAUUUGAAUGCACCUUCAUUUGUGCUCACUAGGGCACUUGGGCAAAAUCUAUGGCAUUCAAACUCUAGCCUUUUCCCUGUGAGCUCUUUCAAAUGUACUAACAGCAUCUGAAUGCACUUUCACUGUCAGAUACUGCAUCCAUAGUGAAACUACACUUAAUCAAAUGCAUUUGAAUCCCAAUGGAAAGGUGGAUGUGCAAAUGAAUUGUGCUGCAAACAUAUUUUGAACUGGAACUGCUGUAGUCUGCACUUCUCAAGGUCAGUGGUGAGGUGCAUUUGAGAUUCUCUGAUAACUCUCUAAUGAAAAAGACAGGGUGCUGAACACACUCCCACAGUUCCAUUUACAAUUCUAGUAUUUUACUGUUGAAUUCAGUAAUUUCAAGAAUACUUGUUAUAAGAAUACACAUUUAUCGCUGAUAAAUAAUAAAGGUACAAGAAAGGACAUUCAUAGUUAAUUGCACACUACUACACUUUCACAGACAGCGGGGUUGUAAUGUGACCAUAGCAUGUGUAGAUGGCAUGCACAACGCAUGUUUUAGCUGUAAUUCCUUUGUUUCUGAGCCUUGGCAGUCCUCCUUACACAAUAAACUUGUAGAAUGUUUGCAGUUCUGAGCUACAUAAUUGCAUGUUGGGAAAUGUAGUGUAAUAUGGAACCUGUGUCCUGAGUUUAUUUAACAUUUGUUCUUUGACAUGCAAAUAUUUGCAGAUGUUCUUCAUAAAUCUCAUUAAAUGAAUUUGAAGAGGAUUUUCUCUGAUGAAGAAAAUGACACUUGCAUGUAUUUGCACAUCAGAAAAAUGUUCAUUUGAACCUUGCAAAUGGAUAGCACAAUGUGAAACCGAACAAAUUUAUCACACUUUUUUCCCCCAACUGACUUUUUUCCCCUACCUAACUUGGUACCUAAGAAGGCAAUAGGCUAGAAUUUGAAUGCCAUAUGUGAAAGGGCUUGUGAGGUACACUAUGUAGCAUCAUGUUAUUCACUCUUCAUUAAGACAAUAUGAAAGGUAAUAUCUGUAUGUAAAGCAAUCUGUAUGUAGCCCAGAUCUGAUCCUCUUCGUAUAGGAGUAAAAUGAUAUCGCUAUGAAUGAGUACACUGGCAAAUCAAAAACAAGCAAGUGGCAACAUUUUGUAUGACACCUGAAUUUGCCUGACUUGGUUCAAUAAAGUCUUAAUUGUGAUGUUAUUGUUUUUUCUAUAUUAUUUGUAAAUGUUCUUUAUAUUAAAUAAUGUUUAGAGUGGUUUUAAAAAAGAUAAAUUAUAUAUAUACAUAUAUUUGUGUAAAUAGUACUUUCCUUAUGAAAGAUAGCUAUUUUGUAUUGUUUAAGAAAAACAUAAUGUAAUAGUUUUUGAUUCCCUAAACCAAUGUAAAUUGUGUAAUAAUGUACAUACCAUGACAGAGGAUGAAAUGCUCUUUUUUGCAUGUGUCUACAUGUUGUAAGCUUAUGAUAAUCUUUGUUCGGCAACAUGUUGUGUUACGUCUAAUGCUCUACACUGCUGCCUGUUGCAUGCAAAUGCAUGGGAAGACCAUGUGUAUCAAUUCUGGAUGUGAGGAAAAUGUAAAAGUCUUAACAUAGGUCUUUUAUCACAGAGCGCUCAUUACUUAAAAUGUGAAUAGUUGCUAAAAUUGAAUUAUAGACUGAUGGGCAAAUAUUUAAACUCUGAAAGCAAAUGUGCAUUGGAUAUCUGUUUUUAUUAUUCUUUUUAUCAGCAUGAAAUGAGACUUACCAGUUUGCGUAUGGUACAUUUAGUACAGUGCAAAUUCAGGAAGAAUUGGGCAGCGUAGUGAGUUGUCAUGCAUUAGGCUUCAAAAUCUAAUCUAGGGUCAGAUCUUUACAUGCGGCAACUUGAAACAUUUUUUUUAUGUUUUUCAUUUUUGAUGUUCACCUGCACAGAUUUGAAAUAAAGUACUAAAAUGCUCAGUUUGAAUAAAUGUUUCCUUUCCACCC